UUCGCUGAGUAUUCAACACUUCUCCUCCUUUUCAACUCAACCCAGCUUCAACACCCAACCCCAAAGCCAACAUGAAGUUCGCCGUUGCCGUAGUCAUGUUCGUGUGCGCCCUGGUCGGAGCUCAGGCCUCGUGGGCCCAGAUCUCGCCGGGAGUGUCCUAUGUGAGCCCGGUGGCCCAUGGUGGACCCGGACUGUGGAAUGGGGCCUGGAAUGGUGCCUGGAACGGUGCCUGGAAUGGCGCCUGGAACGGUGGCCACUGGGGCGCCCCCGCUGCCGUUGCCGUCCAUGCCAGCGCUGCUCCCUGGGGCCUGACCGGACCCGGCUGGGGUCAUGGUGCCGCCAUUCCCGGAAUUGGUCUGGCCCAGGGACCCGGACACGCCGCCGGCGUUCAUGGCCAUGAGGGUGUCUAUGUGGCCAAGACCCGUGGUGCCAUCCACACCGCUCCCCUGGCCGGACACAUCAACUCGGCCACCUCCGUGAAUGUGGCCCCCGCCCCGGGAACCCUGUAAGCGGGGCCCAGUCCUGACUCCAGAUCCCAACUGAUGCCAAAUGGAGUGGCCCUCCAGCCGCUCCACGACUCCGGAUAAGCCCACACACACUUCUCUCACUCUCUGUACACUUAUUUGUUAAGCACACCGAGCUCUUAGUCCCCCGCCCCUGAUACGAACACGAUCCUGAUCUUGGGUCCCUGUCCAUGUCAUCCUCUGGACAAGAUCCCAACGCACUCAGCAACAACAAAUACAAGUCCAACAGCAAUUACAACAACUGCAACAAGCGAAAAGAAAAAAGAAAAACAACAAACCAACAAACGACAGCAUGUUCAUUUUAUUAUUUGAGAACUAUUCUUCAAAUACCUUCCACUCUCUAUCCUGUCUCUCUAUCCUACUUCCAUCUCUGCUAUAUCUACUAUAUCUACUAUAUCUCUCUGAUCUAUCACUACUCACGGGCAUAUCAUCCUUGGAUGCAUAUCCCUGACAACCUGUAAAUAUCCCAUUGUAAUCUAGUAACUCUCUGCAAAACAAUGUAAAGAUUGACGAAAGCGUUAUAAAUAAACUCAAACAGCGUUUUUUA